UAGUCCAACGAUCGGGUGGUUGACUCGUUGGAAAAACAGAAACAAUAUUGUUUUUAAAAAAACAUGCGAAGAAAAAAAAGAUGCAGAUUUUGAAGCUGCAGAAAAUUACUUAAAUAAUUUUAUUGCAUCGUCUAAUUAUGCACCUAAUGACAUAUAUAAUGCAGACGAAACUGGUUUGUAUUAUCGAGCUCUAACAAAUUCUACUUUUGAUUUUAAAGGAAAUACGGUUAAUGGAUGUAAAAAACAAAUGCAAACACUUACGAUUCUGCUGGUUUGCAACAUGACAGGUACGGAUAAAAGACGUCCAUUAAUUAUUGGUAAAAGUAAAAAUCCACGCUGUUUUCGAGCCGUUAAAACAUUGCCCGUCGAUUAUUACGCUAAUUCAAACGCUUGGAUGACUAGUCAAAUUUUUACCGAAUUUUUACGAAAAUGGGACAAAGAAAUAAAAAAACCAAGACGUAUUUUACUAAUUCUUGAUAACUGUACAGCACAUCCGAAUUUACAAAAUUUAGAAAACAUAGAUUUGAAAUUUUUACCACCAAACACUACGUCACUUAUUCAACCUCUUGAUCAGGGAAUUAUAAAAACAAUGAAAACUUACUAUCGAAAAGCAAUGCGGAAUUUUAUUGUUGAAACUAUAGAUGUAUGUUUAAUUCCUGCAUCACAAAUAGCUCGUAAAAUAACUGUGCUAGAAGCUAUACAUAUGGUGGUUAAUGCUUGGGAUAUGGUGACUUACAAAUGCAUUAUUAAUUGUUUUCGAAAAGCUGGGUUUUCACAAAUUGAGUCAGACGAAGAAGAAUCACAGGAGGUCGAAUUCAUAGAUACAAACUUUGAAAAUUGGAUUUUAAUUGAUCAAGAUUUACCUACUUUUGGAGCAUUGUCUGAUAAAGACAUAACUGAUUUGCAAACAAAAAAAGAAGAGAUUAAUAUUGACGAUGAUGAAGAUGACGAUAACGAAGAGACCAACGAGGAUAUCACUCAAAAAGAUACCAGAAUUAUUUUGGAAAAGCUAAAAGGAGCUGUUCAAAAAUACGGUGAUAACGAUACUUUUCAAUUGUUUCAAAAACGACAGGCUAAUAUGAAAACUAAAUUGGUAGAUUGUCAAGUUCAAUCAAAAAUAGAUAGCUUUUUUAAAUUAUUUUAA